AUGAUUCGUCGUCGCCAGGCCAAAGACAACAGCGACGAUGUCCAGGCGCCAGCUCCCGCGGACUCGUCACCAGAAAAACAGCUCCCACCGGCAGUGGCGAAGCCUAAGAAUGAGAGGAAGCAAUCAUUUAUCACGAAACCCAAGAGCAAGCGGCGCAAUGGACUCAUCUUCCUGCUGGGCGGAGUCUUCGGGAUCUUCUGCGCGGUUUUCUUCGCUCAGCAGCAGGACGUCAUUAGCCUGGACUCUUUAAUGGAUCUGAAUAUAGACUCGUUAAUGGAUGUCAUUCCUCAAAGUAUAAUGCGGGAUGCGCGGGAGUUUUCGCAACAUGAACGCGAUACUGUCAGUUAUGAUGCUUUCUCUGUCGGCCUACAUCUUCGGUCUCAGGGGGUUGAAGCGAAACACCCGAUUAUCAUGAUCCCUGGUGUUAUAUCGACGGGACUCGAGAGCUGGGGAACUAGUCCUACGUCACUGAUGUACUUUCGGCGCAGACUCUGGGGCAGUUGGAGUAUGAUGCGGGCACUAGUGCUGGACAAGACGGAGUGGAAGAAUCAUAUCAUGCUGGAUAAAGAGACUGGGCUGGACCCGCCGGGGAUUAAGCUGCGUGCGGCCCAGGGGUUCGAUGCCACGGACUUUUUCAUCACAGGGUACUGGAUCUGGAAUAAGAUCCUAGAGAACCUUGCGAGUAUUGGUUAUGACCCGACAAACGCCUACACAGCGGCUUAUGACUGGCGAUUAUCUUAUUUGAACCUGGAGGCCCGGGACCACUACUUUAGCCGGCUGAAGUCGUACAUCGAGACCGCGGUGCAGGUGCGUGGUGAGAAGGUGACGCUUGCCUCGCACAGUAUGGGGUCACAAGUGGUCCUCUUCUUCUUUAAAUGGGUAGAGAACCCAGCACACGGCAAGGGCGGCUCCGACUGGGUUAAUCGACACAUCGCCAACUGGAUCAACAUCAGCGGGUGCAUGCUAGGCGCCGCCAAAGGCCUCACAGCCGUGCUGUCCGGCGAGACACGAGAUACAGCGCUGCUCAACUCGUUCGCCGUCUACGGGCUGGAGAAGUUCCUCUCCCGCGAAGAACGCGCCGAGAUUUUCCGCGCAAUGCCCGGCAUCUCCAGCAUGCUCCCCAAGGGCGGCGAAGCAGUCUGGGGCAAUUCCACCUGGGCUCCGGACGACCAACCAGGCCAGAAGAUUACCUAUGGCAACAUCCUUAACUUCCGCGAAACAAACUCCACCUUCACGCAGAAAAACCUCACCGUUCCCGAAAGCCUCGACUACCUCCUCGACCAGAGCGAGCCGUGGUACCGCGACCAAGUUUUAGGAAGCUACUCGCACGGCGUCGCACACACAACCGCCGAAGUUGAGGCCAACGAGAAUGACCCACGCACCUGGCUGAACCCUCUCGAGGCUCGCCUGCCACUUGCACCAGACAUGAAACUCUAUUGCUUCUACGGCGUCGGCAAACCGACCGAGCGAAGCUACUUCUAUCAGGAGGAACGGGACCCCCUCGUUAAUCUUAAUGUUAGCAUCGAUACAACCGUCACAACGGCUGAUGGAACGGAUCACGGCGUCGUCCUUGGUGAGGGCGACGGCACCGUCAACCUCCUGAGCACGGGCUAUAUGUGCGCCAAAGGUUGGCACAUCAAGCGGUAUAACCCAUCCGGAAUCAAGAUCAAAGUUUACGAAAUGCCGCAUGAACCGGAUCGGUUUUCGCCUCGAGGUGGUCCAAAUACAGGCGACCAUGUCGACAUUCUCGGCCGCGCCUCUCUCAACGACCUUAUCCUCCGCGUUGCUGGUGGCCGUGGCGAUGAAAUUGAAGACACUUUUGUCUCGAGGAUAAAGGAGUAUGCGGAGCGGGUUAAGAUUUAUGAAGAGUAG